CCUAACUCAAUUUGGGGGAAAGUUUGAGCGAAAAUCUCAGAGGGGAAAGCGAUGACAGAAGCAACGCAGUUGGUCGAUGCAAAGAAUGUCGGUAGGAAACGGAAAUCGGGGAAAAAGAAGGGGUUGAAUGCGAAGAAAAGGCGAAUGAUGCAUCAAGGCGGUGAAAAGAAGGUUAAAAUUAAUCCGAAAACGAGGAAAUUGUAUCAGAAGAGGGCUAGGGAUUACAAUUCUGACGAUACAGAAGAGGAUGAGGAUCCCCAGCAAGCUCCCAGUGCAGUUGCAGUUGACGAAUCCAAGCAAAUUGGUGAUGGAUUUGAAGGUGGAUUAUCUGACGAUGGUGAUGAUGAGAAUGAAGGCCUUGAGGGAGAGGAAGAAGAGGUAUCGGAAGACGAAAGCGGUAAAAUUCAGCCUGGGAUUGUGAGGUUUUCCGAGGGGAUUAAGGCUUUUAAGUCGGCAUUUAAGAAGAUUGUUAAGAAGAGUGCUGGUGAUGAGGAUGUGUUGGGUCCUGUGUUAUCCGCCAAUAAGAAGCUGUUAGCUGAGAAGCUUGCUGAAGAGGAUUUGGAAAAGAAAGUGAAGGGGGAAGCAAAGAAGGAGAGGCAUAUGAUAAGCGAGAAGGGGCAUGUGAAGCCUGCUGAAUUUUUGGAUGCUCAUGAGAAGCUUCUGUUGGGAGUGGCAACUAAAGGAGUGGUGAAGUUGUUCAAUGCUGUAAAUAAGGCCCAGAAUGCCCAGAAAGGUUUAAAUCCUUUGAGAACAAAGGAUGAGAAAGUAAUAAAGCAACGGAGGAAGGAAGCCUUCUUCUCGGAGUUGGGCAGGACAUCAACCCAAUCAGCUGCGACAGUUAUCAAGGUUGGCACCUCAAGUGGCUCUGUGGAUGGCGAAGCUCCUGCAUGGGCCCCUCUGCGUGACAAUUACAUGUUGACGAACCCCAAGUUGAAAGAUUGGGAUAAGAUGCAGGAUACAAAUGCUGCAGACGACUUUCGCCAGGCAUCAGAUGCUGAUUCUUCAUCAGACGAAGAGUGAUGCAAAGGAUAAAUUAUUUGUCAAUGGUGAACCAUGCAAGUUGGAUGAAGCUGCUCGGUAGUCGCUGUCUUGACCUUUCACACGAUCUACUCCCAACACUUCCUCAAGUGAAGAAAAUACAGCAAUGCCUCUUAAGACCCCGAGCUGGUUUAGGGGGAAGAAGAUUGGCGCCGGCAUUUCUAUGCUCUGUGUUGUAGGUGCAUCCCAUGUUAUAUAUUCUUGUUUGUUAAGUUUCUGGCAAUAUAUUUUUGAUAGUCAAAUUCAAUGUUUUCUGGGAUCCAUUCCUGAUUAAUACGAAGGAUACAGUGGUUUAUUUAA